AUGGGCGAAAAAGAAUUUGUAUUUAAUAUAAAUGUAGCUAAAUUAGAACUAAGAAAUGAAUGGAAUACCAGUGAAAAUGCUAUUGUUAAAUUCGAAUGGGGCGAUGAUCCGGAGUUUGCUUUCGAGAUGGGACAGGACAGGAUCAGUCGACUGGAAUUCGAUGAACAAUACAACAUAGAAUUUAAGCGGAAUGUCGACGAGUUUAUAGAGAAGCUAGAGACGAUACAGUUUAGAUUAACCGUGUUUGAACGAAAAGGAAGGGCGGGAGCGGAUGACGAAGGCAGUAAGUCAGACAGAGCACCGCUGGGAGAUGAAACCGCAAAUUUAGGAAUGGCUGACGCCUCUGGAGAGGAGCGACAAAUAGUCGGCCAAACUGAAUCUACAUGGCCAAUAAAGUUAAUAAAGGCACUCAAAGCCAAUGAGUUCAUAACAACACCAUUCACUGAACAAUAUUCACUGAAGCAAGAUGAAAAACAGGUUGGUAACAUAACGCUUUCCUUCCUUCUGCAUUUCAAAUGUGAAGAAAAUCCAAGAAAAUUCGACCAGUCAACUCCUUUUGUCGACCAAAAGGGUACCUUAGGCAUUUUCAAGGAAAUCGAACCCACCCUCGAUCCAAACGAUAUCUUUUUCGUCAUCGGAGAUUCACCAUGUCCUGUUCCAAUGACAUCAAACCUAUUGGGAAAUUGCGGGGGGAAUGAUCAAUGUCCUGCCCGGUUCGAGGCGGAUCACUAUCGAUUUAUGCAAGGAACAUUAGUUGAAGAUUGUAGCGGAAUGGGUGGUUGUGGUUCACCGGAUUGCUGCCAAAUGAAGGACGAUAUGGAUAUCUGCAAUGAAGUCCUUGAGGAACUUAAACCGAAACCUGUCCCUGGAGCUUGCUGUUUAGAUCCUUGUGAACAAAUUUUCGGCCCAAUACGUGGCUUACGCGAUGGACCAACAUGUACAGAUUUGAAUCUACCAUGUCACGCUGAGUUCCACACAAUUGAAUGUACAUUGCAACGAAGCAAAAACCAGAAGAGGAAAAAGAAAUCAUGCAGUUGUAUAUUCAAAAGCAAACCGAAGGACAAGAAGGACAAGAAACGAACAAAUGAUCAGAUAAUGAAAGACAUUAUGAAAAAUGAUCCUUACGAACAACGAAAGAAGGAAAUUUUGUAUCCACACACAUGCCCAACUCCGCAACUUCUGGCACCUGCUGAGCCAGUACAACCCAGGAGUUGUCCAGUUUGCUGUGAGGAUAUUUCAUGGGUUCCACUAUACGGAACUUGCCCAAAGUGUGGAUUUGCCCCGAAAAUCAUAACCCCUUUGGAAGAGCGAGCUUACGAUGAAAACAAAACUGCCCAACAGAUCCUUGAUCAAUGGAAGGAAGAGACUGCCAAGUUUCGUCGAGAGCAGAAAAUAAGUAAAUUUGGGGCGUGCUACUGUACACCUCAAAACGAAUGCCUUAAUUGUCAGCUCCGUAAAUUCUCCCGAAAAAGGCAUAGGACCCACAAGACAAAAGGACAAAGGAGCUGUGAGGAUAAAUCAGAUGAGGUAAGUUGUGAUGAGGAAGGAUUCGAGGGGGAUGCGGAAGUCGAGAGAGGAGAGGAAGAAGGCGAGGCAAAUAGAAUCAUUGACGAUUUCCUACCAAAAUCGGGAAACAAAUUAGGUACAAAAUGGAACUCUAAGAGGCCAGACUAUAAGAUCCCAAGCAUCAAGAGGAUAAUCAAAUGGUGUAAGAAAAAAUCGCUUUCGAAAACUGGUGAACAUUUUUUCGAUAAAGGACUGCCAGGUUCGGAGUCAUCUUCCAUUUCUAAGAGCUCUGAAGAUAUCACUUGUGGGAGGGGAAAAACUUUCUUACAAUCCGAAAAUGAAAGAGGCUCUAUGAGUAGCGAAACAAGGCAGAGAAAAGUGUCUCAAGAAAUGGGUAGCAAAAAACAAAAGAAGGAUGCCCAAAACCGAAUGAAAAGAAAAGUCCGGUACUUCAGCAACGAUGAAUAUCCUGGUGUUGUGCUUGGACAUAAAUAUUGUGUUGGAGCUGCCAAGAAAAUCCCUCGCCAUAUGGGUUGGCUAUGGAGUGCGAGUAUCGAUGGACAUCGACGAGGCUGGCGUCCUGGUGCUGUCCGCCGUGAAACUCAUAGGAUCAUGAAAUACUUUCUCGAAGAUCGAAUCCACCCAAUUGAAGUUUUCGAAGAAAAGCCUCAACCACCAGAUAUGGACGAGAAUAUACCCCGUCGAAUAAAGGACUUCAAUUUACCAACUUUACGUGUAACAAAGAAAGAUGGACAAUUCCACAUAACUCUGCAGCCAGUGUAUGACUCCACAAAGUCCUAUGAUCCUACAGACAAGCGGUCAAUACCCAUUGAAUUCGUUAUCGAAAAGGACCCUAUGGAGAUCGUCAAGCGUGAAAUAAAGUCGCGCCUAAAACGCUUGGGAUUCAAGUCUUGUACCUGCGGAAGGCCUAUUUACCAAUGUGAAUGUCGGGAAGAAUCAGAUCGCGAGAAUCUUGAAGAUGCAUUUGAUAGUCUCUGCCAGGAGAUGUGCGCCCCCCAACUUAAGGACACACUCUACUUCUCCGAGACCAUCAAAAGUGAAAGCGAAAUUGAAAUGGAGUUUUCCCCACCUGCGGCCAUAAACAGGCAACCAAUACGGAUGAGACCAUCAACUGCCUAUGCUGAGACGCAAUGUAAUGCGGAAGACAUUAAAGUGGGUCCUGUAGCAAAGAGUGUUUGGAAAUAUAAUCCAAAGGAAUUUAUAUCCCGCAAAGGACAUCCCUGCGGAGGCAUCUCAAAACUCCCACAAUGUUGGUCUCCACAAGCUACUAUGGAUUCAAGUAAAAAAAAUGGAGAUGAAGCUCCAGCUGGCGACAAACACAAAAGGCCAACUAAACCCAAUAAACCAAAAAGUGAAAGUGCACUACUAAGACCUAGUAAGGACAAAUCUGAUGGGGAUGAGAAGAAAAAAUCAGAAUCCAAAACUACACAAAAUAAGCCCGCAAGCUCUCAUAAAAUUCAAAAGCCGGAAAAGGGAAAGGGAGGUUCUACCAAUAAGCUCCCUAGCGCAAUCAAUGUAGACCCAAGCAAACCAAAAAAGCCUAUCUCUGGCGCAAACGUGGUUAAACCUGGUACUAGUGCUGACAAAAAAGACUCGACUGAUGAUGAUGAUAAAAAAGAUGACAACCAGGGAAAAUCAGAUACAAAACCUCAAGGACCCAAGCCAUCUACAAAACCAGAUAGUCGUCCACAUAAAAAGCCAGGGUUAAAACCACCAGUAGAGUCAAAUCAAUCAAAACCUGAAAGACCAUCUCAGCAAAAAGACAGCACCCGACGGAGUACAACGAAAUCUAUGGAAGAGAAGCAUAAAGAGAGUCCAUCGAUUCGUCCAAAUAUAAAUCGGCCAAUUCCCGUUCGGCCACCUCCCAUUCGACCAUCUCAACCAGCUGGCAACAAAAAACCAUCUGAAGGACCUGAAGGAGAACCAAAGAAACCAAGUAUUGUACCAGAUAGAAGACCUCCAGAAAAUCGCCCCAAAGGAACAGCACAGCCUAACAAAAGGUUUUCACUUGGAACCAUUCUCAACUACAAAAAACCAAACAUGGUGACAACAAUUAACAAAAAGGUGGCAUGCCCUGAUGUGUCACUUACGCGUGUUCGCUUCAAGCCGCAUGAGUGCCACAAAUCGGCUGCACUAGCUUGUCCAUCAGAUGUCAAAGUGCAGAAAGACAAUAAUUCCUCGUGUUUAAGGAUGAUAAGUGUCUGA